GUUUAAAAAACUGCGCUACUGCCGCAGUAUCAAACACACGGUAGUGCGGUGCGGUUAAUCCGAGAGACGAACUCUCCUCAGUAGCCAUCGGGGCGAUUGGGCUUGGAAUCUGCCAAAGACGUGUACAGAGAAGCAAGAAGUGAUAAGAAACUUGUGGCGGAAGUGGUCGUGCCGAGCAUAAGGUGAUCGAUAAUGUCCGGCGAUACGCAAACAAAGAAGCGGAAGGAUAAAAAACGGAAGAAAGAUGAUGAAGACACGGUAAAGGAAACGACUGUCCAUGCCCCGAAACAGCCGUCCGCCGGGGCGGCACAGGCUGCCAAGGAGCCGGGUGAUGUGCAGAUGCACAUCCACAGCGACCACGGCACCGGUGGGCACUGGUGCGCCAAGGUUGUGUUCUUUUUCCUGCUGGGCGCGCUUGGGGCCCUCAUCGGAUUGAUCAUCGUGGAAAACCAGGGACUCUCGAACGACGAUACACCGCUGUCCGAAUCGAGGUACUCCGAGUUCUUUAGCGGUUGGGUGGACGAGACGCGACAGGACGAUCACCAUCAUGAGGAAAUCCUGGCCGCCAUCAACUCGUUAGACGAUCACGACGACUCCGUAGACGAUCACGACGACUCCUUAGACGAUCAUGUGGAAGAUCAUGAGGCACACGAAGGGGAGGGGGAGCAGGACGACCACGAUGAUGGUGCCCCGUACCCGGAAGAGGAAGACAACGAUGACGAGGAAGAUGCGGACGACGAUGGGGACGAGGAGGAGGCGGCUCAGGCUCAGAAAUUGGACGACGACGAGGUAGAGGAGAUCUACGCCCAACAGGAAGCCGCCCAACACGAAGCCAAUGUCAACCCGGAAGGUGAUGACGGCGAUGACGGCGAUUAUGAUGACGCCGAUGAUGAAGACGGCGAUGAUGACGGUGCCAACGAUAAAACCAAUGUCGAUGAUGUAAAACAGAAUGAUAAAGCAGGGGAUGAUGAUAAGAAUGACGAAGACGCUGAUGAGGAUAAUGAACCGGACUAUGACAAGACAAAGACUGUUGCUGAAACUGUAGAUAAUGAAGAAGAAAAUGAUGACGACGAAGAUGAUAAAGAUGAACAAAUUGCCGUGAAAGAGGAUGACGAUGUUAAAGGCAAAGCGACAAACGACAAAAUGGGAAGCAAUGCCGAAUUAGACGACGAUGAUGAUGAUGACGAUGGAAAUACUUUCAAGGGAAUCGAUGAUACACCCUUCGAGGAAAUAAAUCUUUCUAAUGCCAUGAAUGAUACCGCUAAACAAAGCUUACCGAUACAAGAUACCGAAGGCACGGCAAAUGCUGCACCUGCAUGUUUGCCGGCAGCUGACAGCAGUAAGAGUGAAUUCUGUGCGCUGCCCAAACAAACGGAACCGAAUCAGGCAACGUCACCCAAGUCCGUUUCCGAGCACGUAACCCGAGAUGAUCUCACGGAUCAAAUGGAUGAACUUGUACGGAACUAUAACAAACUGGCGGCGUCAUUGGACGUGCCGCAAGUAGAGCAGACUAGUUCCCUACCUGAAACGGACGACGAUGGCGACGACUUCGAUGGUGAUGAGGAGGAAAUUGAAGAGGAAACAAACAAGGUCGGAGAUGAUGCAGACGAGAACGACGAUGAUGAGGCAGCUUUCGACGCCUUCGUAGACAACGAUGGCGGAGAGGAAGAAUAUCUAGCCAGGGUGCGCCGGGAGCAGGAGCAGCGGCUAGCGGCUGAAGAAGAGCGCAAAUCCGCCGUAGAACCGGAAGAGGAAACUUCACAAAUCCCCACACGGGCUGAGGAAGCUGAGCGGUCCUAUCAGGAAGAGUUAAGACGCGCACAGCAACAACUCGACGAGGGCGAAGCACAAGAAGCGCUCAGUACGUUCGAAAGAGUGCUCUCGAGGAAGCCCCACUCGAUUCCGGCAUUGGUCGGCCGUGGCCGGGCUCUGGAUGCACUGGCGGAGCAGCGGCGCAGUAACGCAAUACUGAACGAUGCGAUCGUAGCUUAUCGGAAGGUGAUCGCACAGGAGCUAGCGGUGGACGAUGCUACACUGGCGAGUGUGGCCGAACGGUGCAUCGAUCGGUUACGUUUCCAGGGUCAGCACGCGAAAGCGAUCGAUGUGCACCAAACGCUCAUACGACGGUUCGAUGACGAACCUCGCUAUCGAAAUCAGCUGGCCGUGACGUAUCUGUAUCUGAACCGACUUCCCGAGGCGAAAGCGGUCCUUCAUGAAACGUUGCUCCGUUGGAUUGAAGAUGGCUUUGCGCUGGUCCACUAUGGUUUUGUGCUGAAAACACACGAUCAGAACAUGGAACUGGCCGCACAGUAUCUGCGCGAGGGUAUCGACACCGGUCACGAAGGGACGCAGGAUGGGCGAUUCUAUUUCCACCUGGGCGAUGCCCUGCAGCGCCUAGGGCGCACCGGUGAGGCACACGACAUCUACCGACGCGGAGUAGAGCGGAAGCUGUUCCUCUCACUGUACCAACGUUCGCUGUACAACGUGGACGGCUUACGAUCGCGCCCGUUCUGGACCGAAGAGCAAACAACGUUCGCCCCCGAGCUGGAACGUAUCCGCUCCCAGUGGCUCCUUAUCCGUGAUGAAGGGAUGAAACUCCUCACCGGUGCCGGAGUGUUUGUGAACGAGACGGAAAAUCUGCGCGAUCGAGGCGACUGGCGGCAGCUGGAACUGUUUGCUCGCGGUGCUCGGGUCGAGCGUAACUGCGCGUUGGCCCCGCUGACGUGCCGGUUGGUGGAGCAGCACUUUCCAGCCGCGCGCACCUGUAAGCGGGGUCAGGUGAAGUUUAGCGUCAUGCACCCGGGCACACACGUGUGGCCACACUGCGGACCGACCAACUGCCGAAUACGGGCACACUUGGGUUUGAAUGUUCCCGCCGGUAUUUACAUACGAGUUGCCAAGCAAACUCGGUCCUGGGAAAAUGGCAAGUGGUUGAUAUUCGACGACAGCUUCGAGCACGAGGUGUGGCACAACGGGACCGCGACGCGCUUGGUGCUUAUCGUGGACUUUUGGCAUCCAGACUUGACCGAGAGCCAACGACGAUCGUUGUCGCCGAUCUAGGGCGAUCAGUGCCUGUGACGCAAUUGCAUUUUUACCCCAAUACUACUCCACUCCACUCUAACUAGUUUCUAGCGGUUAUGUGUUUUACGCUUUAUUUUGUAUUCUUGCGAUACAUUGUUGUGUUUGUGUGCCUGGUUCGAACCGUGAGUGCUGAACAAACUGUUCAAACAAUCGGUCGAAUAAUCUUUUCUUAGAUUAGAGAGAGAGAGAGAUAGAAAUCUUAAAAAAACCUCGAAUCACAUCGGUUUCUACCAAAGCAAGCGAAACAAAGGGACCCGUACCCGGACCCACUCGAGGCUAAAGUGUUCAUUCGUUAGGGAAGCGGGUUGUUAGGUCGUCGACAGUGGCAUAUUAGGUAUGAAAAAACGGAGAGAUCCAACUGAAAAUGACUUACAAAACGUGACUGACUUUACGGUGUAAUCGGGACGAUGCUGUGUAUGGUAGGAAAAUGGAGCCUCCAGAUUCAAGUAUGAAGUGUGAGCCAGUGAAAACCCGU